AUGGCACAUAAGAUUCAUGUGUUACUUGUUGAGCAUGAUGUUAAAGAUCUUGAUAAAACUAUUAACAUGUUGAAUUACUUCUCUUAUGAAGUUACGCACGUGAAUCUUGCAUCCGCAGCUUUAUCGAUUUUAUCGAAAUCGAAAAUCAAAAUCGAUCUCGUCAUGAUGAAUAUGAAUUCGCCCGAUUCAUGUGGUUUCCAACUUCUACAAGAUGCUACUAAAAGGAACUUGCUUGUGAUUCUGAUGUCAAAUGACGACGAUUGUGAAACGACGACGAGGGCCCUACAUCAAGGAGCCUUUCUUCGUAUCAAAAAGCCCGUUACAAUGCAAAUGACGGGGUACCUAUGGCAACACGUGCUUAGAGAGAAAACACGUAGACAAUUAAGAGAGAAGACUAUCGGUUUCAAUAGUCAAGAUUUUCGAGAUCAAGAAGAAGGUAACCAAAACAACUACAAAAAUGUUGGAGGAAGAAAGAAAAAAACGAACUCGGGAUCGCAAAAUGAUGACGAUAUGUUGAAUAAGAAGGUUUGGAUCGAAUGGACCGAGGAGCUUCACUAUAAAUUUGUCGAUGCCGUCAUUCAACUCGGAGAAGGAAGAUGCUAUCCGAAAGAGAUCCUCGAACUAAUGAACGAACCGAGACUUACGCGAAUGCAAGUGGCAAGUCAUCUCCAGAAAUGUCGCAAAGCUAAUUGGCUACCUCCGGGCGCGAGAAAAUCCAAGUCAACUAAUAUGGAGUCAACACCACCGAAAAACAAAGCCCGAAGGUCGAAAACCGAGAGAUUUGGAUCAAUGCCUUUUAUCGACAACGACGAAUUCAACCCUAGAAGCCGAAAGUAUAAUCACGGAGCCAAUAUCGAUCCACCGGUAAAACCUAAUCCGAACGAAGCGUAUUAUUAUCCUCAACUUGUUCUUGAUGAUGAAAAUUAUUAUUCCUUUGCUAAUCACCAGAGCAGUGAAGUAUUCAACAUGGGACGAUUUUUUGGCGCGGGAGAACCGUCAAUUGCGUACGGUUCCCAAAAUGCCCCUCCUAGUGACUUGACCGAUGACACCUUUGAUGUUUCGGACACGGAUUCCAUGGUCCAAAUCCUAUCGGAGUUCGAUCAAGAUUUAGAAAUGGAUCACAAGCUUAACGAGAUGACUACUGUGACUAAUGCAACUAGUGACUGGAGCCAGGAAGAAGAAGAAUCGGUGAACGACGAAGAAAUUGAAGGCUAA